CGAGCGACCGCGCGUUUCGACGGUCAACUUGCAACGGAAUUGAACGAUGAUUCGGGUGAUAACCGUAACCUGUGGAACCCUCGGGCUCGCCAUGGUCUUCCUCCUCGUGCUGAUAUUUACCUUGAGUGAGACUGCGAGGUACAGGCUUAAAUUCCUGAUAUUCCUCAUCGGCGCGGCAUUCGCCACGACUUGGCCCUUGCCUCUUAUGCUCCUGCGUCCCAAGCACUGGAAGAAUGCCCUAAUUCCAGCUUGGCAAUUGCGAAAGAUUCUCAACCUCAUAGGCCUGAAAUUCGUGGUCCAAGGGAAGGAAAACAUUGUAAAAAAUUCUGGCGCUGUUAUCGUCAUAAACCACCAGAGUGGGCUCGACCUUGGCGUUCUAGCUGAACUGUGGCCAGUAAUAGAUAACUGCACGGUGAUAGCUAAGAGGGAGAUCCUGAUGUACUCGGGAUUCUUCGGCCUGGCAGCAUAUAUGUGGGGAACGAUAUUCAUCAAUCGUGAGAAAAAAAAGACCGCGCAGGAGACGUUGAAUUCGACGGUUGAGAUCAUAAAGGGGAGUGAGUCGAAGCUGCUGCUGUUUCCCGAGGGCACGAGGCACUCGGAAAACACACUGAAGCCCUUCAAGAAGGGCGCCUUCCACGUGGCCAUCGCUGCGCAAACGCCGAUUCAACCUGUGGUCGUGUCGAAGUACUAUUUCGUGAAUGAUAGGUUGAAGAAAUUCGGAUCAGGGACUAGUUACAUAAGGAUUCUCCCACCAAUAUCGACCGAGGGACUGAAGAAAGAGAAUCUUGAGGAAGUGAUGAACAAAACUUGGGAAGUGAUGAAUACGGAAUUCCAGAAAGUCAACGAGGAAGUAAAGAGACAAAUCGAGACAAAAAAACUUGACUAAAUAUUACAAAAAUUCCAUUACGAGCAAAAAUCCUCGCAAAAUUUUUCUAAUUUCUGGUGAAGAAAUUUCUCCAAGCGUCCAGUGAACUAUUAAAUUCCCAAAUAUUUUAUAAUGUUCUGUAUUUAUAUGUAUAAAGAUGUUAAUAUUGUCUUUGUAAUA